AGUAGCUGCGAGGGUUCAACUCCACGGCGAUCAUGCUCCCGACUAGUUGUUAAUUAACAGUCUGUCGGGACUCGGGCGAUCUCACCGAGCAGUGGCAGCUGAAAGACGAGUGAAAAGCGGGCACACCACCUGACAAAGGCGGCGUUAACGUAUCGAGUGUCUGCUGCCAAGAUGUUGUCUGAAGGAGGAUAUUUCAUGAAGGGGAUGGUCAUGGGAGCCCUCUUCUGCUUGCUGCUGUCGCUCCUGGGUAGUUUCAGGUUUGGCACGGAGUCCGGGACAGAAGGCCAACAUCUGCAUCAUCACGUCCAGGCGCCGAGUAAAGAUGAGCUGACACGCCUCUCUGACAGUCACAUGCAGAAGUUGAGCGAUCAAGUCCAGGUCUCUUGCAUCAUCAUGGUCCAACCCAAGAUCCUUAUUUACUGGGCCACUGCGCUGGAUACCUGGAGCAAACACUGUGACAAAGCUGUGUUUUACACCUCUGAGUCCUCCAAAGCGCUCGAGGCGGUUGACCUGAAUGAAAAAGACGACUGGGCGAGGUUACGUAAAGCUCUGCAGCAUGCUUAUGAGAACGCAGGAGACAUGCGCUGGUUCUUUUUGGCACAAGCGACAACGUUUGCCAUCAUCGAGAACCUCAAAUACCUGGUGCUCACCAAGGAUCCCAGCGAGCCCUUCUACCUCGGCAGCGCUAUGAAGUCCGGGGAGCUUGAGUAUGUGUCGUAUGAGAGUGGCAUUGUUCUAAGUUAUGAGGCGCUCAAAAGGCUAGUGCACGUGUUCCAGGAUGAAGACAAAUGUCCAGAAAGAGGACGCACCCUGUGGCAGCUGAGUGAAGACAAGCAGCUGGCCGUGUGUCUCAAAUACACAGGUGUCUUCGCAGAGAACGGAGAAGACUCCCACGGAAAGGGCCUGUUCAACAGCAAGAGUGUGGACAGCCUGAUAAAGGACAGCAUGAAUGCAAACCCCAAUAAUGUGGUGGACGGCUGCUGCUCGGACAUGGCAGUCACAUUCAACGGGAUGUCGCCCAAUCAAAUGCAGGUCAUGAUGUUUGGAGUUUACAGACUUCGUCCUUACGGUCACGAUUUUCAUGACUCGUUAGUAUUUAACCCUCCUAAAGGCUCAGAUAACGACUAGAGACUCAAUCCUUCAAGAUGGAUGUGGCACUUUUUAAAAUGUUUUGCUUCUAUGAUGGCAAACCUUACUGUGGGGAGAUGGUUUUUCUAAUCCUGCUUGUAAAACUUGAUCCUGGUUGAGUAUAAUACUUUUAUGUAUAUUUGUACCUUUUUGCACUUGGCACAAUCAGCACCCCGUUCCUUUGUGGUGAAGGUAAAAAAAAAAAAAAAAAAAAAAAGAGUCUGUGGGUGUGCCGUCCUUUUUGAAUGAAGAUUAGCUGGGACAUGUAUCAAACUUGUGACAUGAGACUAGGUUAUCUGGAAGUUUUGGUUAUGGUUAUGUAUCUUAACUGUUUGUCUUUUUGUGGUCUUAACGCUGCAUUACAGUUAUUAGGUGAUGGCUGUUCUGAAAAUAACAAGUUUCUUUAAUUAUGUAACUGUUCCUAGUGCUUCGCCAUCUGAACCACAUUAUGAGUAACUUCUUUUUUAUCGCUGAGAAAAGAUCACCCAGCUGAUUUAAAGAUUGUAUGUAAGCACCAAUAAUCAAUAUUGAGAGAACAUCUGGUGGUCAAACCCAGCUCUAAAUGAAGUGCAAUUUCUUGCCAUGUUGUGCUUGGUUACCUCCACUUAUGAAGAUUUGGACUUCACAGCUAAAUGGAAAAUAAUGAACCUCAAUGUUGACUCCUGGGCAAAGUACAUACUGUAUUUUCUUUUGACAUGCAUUAGAAGGUACACGCAGUCUGGGUGUCAGCUUGACAAGAAGACUCCUUAAAAGAAAAUGUGACUUUUGCAUAAUUAAAGUAAAUAAAAUAUAUUUCUGAUUAAUGUAGUUCUGUCGUGUUGAAUGAUCUAACAAUGACAAAAGGUGGGAAUAAGGAUGAACGUAAGAGUGGUAGCUUCCAGGUGUGAAUGCUUUACACCUUGUAAGGAAUACUGUGAAUCAUUUUUGGUAAAGGGAAAUAUUUUUACAGUUAAAGGACUGCUUUGUUAAUCUAAACAAAUUUUAUAUAGAACUGUGAAUGUAUUCUACUGCAGGCCCCUAUGUUGUACAAAUAAUGUAUAUUCAUACUUUGCUGUCAGGUAAGAAUUGAAUAAAUGUAUUGCAGUUCUCAUUGAUACCCUUUUACUAUUGAAAUAUGUAGUCAGAUUAUAACUAAGGUUAUUAGCACUACUGACUCAUGCAACAUGGUUCAAAAGCACCACAAAACUCUAAAAUGACCUUAAAGAUGAAUCAACACUGAGAUCAAAAUGUUUCAACAUAAGU